AAGGUCCACAUGUUCUACUUAAAGACGAGAUGACAUUCCCCCAUGCCCCCUCUUUUCAAUGUGUUAAGCUUUAGUUCCCCGUCAUCAAAAUGUCGCACAAGAUAUAUAAGGAUGUUGUAAUGUUGAGUAGAAAUAUUGGCAUCUUCUAUCACCUACUUACUCGUAGACAUUGAUCACGACGUUCACGAGGCAUCGUCGUGUAUUCUACUUUCCAAAAUGUAGUAUCACUAUAGGUAUGAAGAAAGACAAAGAAACCACAUAAGUAGACUCUACACUGUAGGGUAAACCUAAACAAGAAAUAAACCCGAUUAUGGAUCGUAUCUUUAUUUUGCAGGUAGCUCGUGCUGCUUGUGAUCUUGACCAUAUGAUGCGGAUCAUUAUUUCGUUUCUUUUCCCUUUGUUUGAAGCGACAUCCUGACCCUGAGCUUCAUCGAUAUAUCUACGUAUUGUCUAUUUCAAAAAAAUGUGCCGCGCGGAAGAAAAUGCUCUUUGCGGCUCUCAUUUGUCUGCUUGCAUGAUAUCGAAGGACAAGGAGAAGCUGGGUUAGUAGCAACUUGUUGCGACGAUGUUGCGUGGGCCGAAUUUCACAAGGGUAGAGCCUUCGGGCUCUGAACGGGAAACCGGCCCAAGCGCCUCUGUUGAUGGAUUUCCUGCCGUGGAAGGGGAACGGCAAGAACAAUGGGAUCAUCAAGUGACAAUUACAACACAGGAAGAUGAACAUGUCAGAAAUUCGGACCACGAAAGUCUCGCUCAAGUGGAGCAACAUGAAAGGACGUCACUUACGACCAUGAACACUUCGAAUGUUGUUGAACGAAGCGAGACUACACACGGAGUUGUGGAUGCACCGACUGGCCAUCAUUCGGCUGCAUCUAGCUCAGCAAGCGAUGAGCCAGCAAAUCACGCACCCUCGACAAUGGUUGUGACGAGUAGCGCUGGUACACCUGAUGCUGAAGCAAUGACCAGUGUUGAGGUGCACUCGAUCACUGAAACAUCAAGUACCUCCAUCGACAGUUCUGUUGUUCUAAACAUGGCUGGUGGUGCGGGGUCCGGAGUCAUGGGAGGUGCACUAAGAAGCGAUCGCCCUGGUUCUCUGGUGUUGCACAACGAUGCUCCUCCUGGUUCUUUUUGGGAUGCUCGUGUUUCCGACGUAGUCCCGGACUCGGUGUGGAAGCAUGCCUCGCCCUUUUUGAAGGACUGGUGGUCAGAGUACCCCUUGUGGUUGUCCUUGAUGAUGGAUUUUUCCACCUUGAUGGUGGUCGGCGGUGUGGUUUUGAGUUGUCUCUUUCUUGCUGGGGUAGAGGCAGUCGGCUUUUCCCCGAGCGGCACUGUACGACACGAAAAGCAAAAGGCCUGGGUCUUGCCGAUGGUCAUCAUGUUGUCGGGUGGCGGCAUUGUGCUUCACGUCAUCUUGGUGGUCCGGAACAAAGAUCGAUUCGGGUCCUUGAUGGUCGUGGCGCGUGAUUAUUAUGAAGGAUCUCGAUUGGAGACGGUGUACGUCCGCACAGUGCGGCCUCGAAACCGCGACGGGUCCGAGAUGGACCCAGCACAGUAUAGUCCCCAUUUCCGACGGUACGAGCCUUACUGCAUGGCCGUCUCCACGGUCGGACACCCCGUCUUUCACGGCGACGGCGUAGAAGACGAUGAUCUUUAUAGGGGACGCUCUGGAACGACGAGCACGAGCAGCGAUCCUGACGCGGCGAUCACACAAGUCAACUCGUCUAAUAGAGGUGCGGGUGGCGGAGACUCAUCGAAUGACGUAGCGUUGAGACCACGAGCUAUUAUCGGGAUCGCCGAUCCCCAACCCGAUUCGCAUGAUCUUGGUCGUGGUGACAGACGGCGCGACGAGGAUGAUGAAGAUCAUGCGAAUUACCUAAAUUCAACGAGGCAUCGACGCAGAAGCCGCCGCCGACGUCAUAGAAGCAGCAGCUCUUCCUCUCGCCGCCACGGCCAUGGGAGUAGAGGGAGGGACCAUGGGAGUCGAGGGCAUCGUCGUCGACGCCAAAGAAUGUCGCGACGGUCUGCAGCUGCUUCUUCUGCAAACGACGUGAAUGGUGAGGGUACAGGAGCCGCUGAACAGAGUAGAAGAAGCACUAGCUCAACACACGAUGGUCACGAUAUCAAUCAUAGAUCCAGAAGGACAAGAAGAAGUAGGGAACAACGCCGCAGACACAGUGACCACGAAAGGUCGGGCCGGAGCAAUCUGGAGGAGCUUGGCUAUGUUCAGACCUCGGACCCGUCUGGACGAGGUGAUCGUUCGAGUCGACACCGUAGGUCGCGACAAAGAAGCCGGCGAAGCGCAGGCAACCUUGCCAAUGUCACUGAGGAAAAUCAGAAUGUUGAUGGUUCUCCCUCUCUAGAGGUAACGUCGGCCCGUUCGCGGGAUACCGCGGGAAACGCAUCUUCCUGGAGCAGAAGAGUCGACCGCGAUAGAAGAUCACGCUCGCGUGAUUCUGAGGACGCCCUAGCAUCGGACUCUCUCAUCGGUCAGCAUCAUCGCACGGUGGACAUGAAUUCAAGAGCUGAACGCUCGAGCGUGAUAUCGACGUCAACCUCCCGAUCGCGUAGUACAACGCGCAGGGCUAGAAUACAAGAUGUUGAUCAACAACAUCAAGAAAGGCAGACUUUUGAAGAGUGGCCCGACCAAGAUUUUUUACGAAGAUCGAGAGUGUCAAGACACGCCGAAGGCGAUACUUUGGGCUCAUCAACUCGUGCCGUUCCGAGCGACGGCGCAGGGGUAGCUGAGAUACCACUAGAUAGUGCGAAUACGGCUAGCCAAUUCUCGACAACAGCACCAGCGCAGUCCUCGGUGCACUCCACCCCUACUUCCCUGCCAGUCCCUUUCUCACAAAACACCUCCCCCUCCAGCACGACAUCUCGCACUGUGAACAUAGGAAGAACGAUCAUGGCCAGCCCUGAAGUUCUUGGCCGCGCAGCCAAAAGCGUUGCACAGUUGCCGAUAGGAGCUGCUAGGAUGAUAUGUGCUCGUGCAACUGGAACCCCAGGACGCGAUCGCGUGGAUCAAAGAGAGGACCAAGAGACUGCGUCGUCUUCGAACGACAGUGAGCAUGAGCGAGGCUCUUCAAGAUCCUCGUCUUCGGGAAGUACUGCGCGCCAUAGCCGGUCCUCAAGAAGCACAACUUCAGCUGCGUCUGUUGUUCGAACUGAAGACGACGAAUUGUAUGGGCAAUCCUCUGCGAGAACCAGAAGCAAUUCUUCAAGAUCAUCACGAGCUUCGUCCUCAGACUCCUCUUCGGGCGGAUCAACAAUAGACACAGACUGGCACCACCGGAUCGAAAACCGCACUGUUGGAGCGGAAUCGCUUGCAACACAACCAACAAGUAAUCCCGAUUCUAUAGCACGUUUAGAUGGCAUGUCUCGAUUGGAAUCGAUAUCGCGGUUAGACAUGCCCAGAUCACCGCAGCCAAGUGUGUUCGGUGACGGUGGAUCCUUGCCCGGUGACCGCUUGUCUAUUUCCAACAGGACGCUCCCUACCUUGGGCGGGGCCCACACAUCUUCUGUCCCUCUGGCUGCUGCGGAACCACAACAACACCAAGAUACAGAAAAUCAUCAAUCACUUGAAAACAAUAACAAUCCUGAUAAUGAUGCCACUAGUACUUCUAGAGACCACGAGGUGGUGGAUGAAGAUGAUGACGAGAACGAGGACUGGAGCAUGGUCAAUUCAUUCGCAUUGAGUAGCCCAAGUCCAACAAAUGUAGGACGCAAUCCAUCUUCCCCUAGAACUACUCCUACUUCAAGAGGACCAGCAUCAACAUUGGUAGGAGCGACCACUCCCACGCCUUCUUCACCUACUUCUGCUUUGAACUAUCAACGUUCCUCGCUCUUUUCGUCGACACGGCCUUCAGUAUCUCGAAACCUCGGGUCGCGAGGUACUUCUUCUGUCAGUAUGGCGAGUGCGGGUGCUGAUCAGCACUCGGUGGUUAAUAACACGGCCUCGCCCACAAGUAGAUCUUCGACGAGGUUAAGACCUACGCCUGUACUUCUGCCCGGGGAGCAGAUUGAUACUUCAGAAAACCACCAGCAUGAGAAUGAGAUCAUGGAGGCCGAUAGGAUACCUUCUAGAAUAACUGGUGGUGCACCUCCUGCGCAUCUAACUUCGUCAUCGUCCAAUCGGGAUCAUCGAGAUGCGCACAGCAAUCCCUCACCUACCUCAUCCAGUCGGAGGAGAUCUCGCAGUCCUUCUCGAUCCACUUCUCCAACUAAUAGAGGGGGUCGUGGAACAUCUUCUUCAUCCAACGGGAUAUUUUCUGAAGGAGACGAUACUGGGGGAGCUUCGGGGACACCAGGUCCGGAAGUAGUUGAAGUGCAAGUUGCCACCGGAGAAGUGCUCGCUCAACUUUCACCUCACGACAUGUUCGGCGUGAGAGUAGUUGCUCCGCGUAUUGGUGCCAACAUUGCGCCGAGUUGGCCACCAGGGACGAAAGGACCAAGUGAACUACUAUAGUUAGUGCAGAAGUUCUUCUUCAUAUCAUUGCCAUGAUCUUCUCGAGGCAUAGAGGUGUCGGCUAGAGAUGAAGAUCACAGUCUUCUUCAAGAACAAUGAGGAAUGAGGUUAAAAAAGAAGGUUGGUUCGCGUCGUAGACGAAAGCCAAGAUGCGGAUGCUUAUGUUUAUGAUAGAACACAAUCACAAAUGAUGAAUGAUGAAAGUGGAAAAUUUUCGUGUGCCUACUACUCCC